UGGGGCCAGACGGAAAAUACCCGCCAAGGACCCAAAAAAGGCCAGCAGCGGUGGACGCCGAGGGCAGGGACACAUCUGCGGUGGGGCCAGGAGCGCCAGGCCGAGGCAGGUGAAUCACUGAGUGCUUCAUUAUGUCUGAUGGAGAUUAUGAUUACCUCAUCAAGUUUUUAGCUUUGGGAGACUCUGGAGUAGGGAAGACCAGUGUACUUUACCAGUACACAGAUGGUAAAUUUAAUUCCAAAUUUAUCACGACAGUGGGCAUCGAUUUUAGGGAAAAGAGAGUGGUGUACAGAGCCAACGGGCCAGAUGGAGCCAUUGGCAGAGGCCAGAGAAUUCACCUGCAGUUAUGGGACACAGCUGGGCAGGAGAGGUUUCGUAGUUUGACAACAGCAUUCUUCAGAGAUGCUAUGGGUUUUCUUCUACUUUUUGAUCUGACGAAUGAGCAAAGUUUCCUCAAUGUCCGAAACUGGAUAAGCCAACUACAAAUGCAUGCAUAUUGUGAAAACCCAGACAUAGUGUUAUGUGGAAAUAAGAGUGAUUUGGAAGACCAGAGAGUAGUAAAAGAAGAGGAAGCCAGAGGACUUGCUGACCAAUAUGGCAUACCCUACUUUGAAACUAGUGCUGCCAAUGGGACAAACAUAAGUCAGGCGAUUGAAAUGCUCCUGGACCUGAUAAUGAAGCGAAUGGAACGGUGUGUGGACAAGUCCUGGAUUCCUGAAGGAGUGGUGCGAUCCAAUGGCCACACCACUACAGAUCCAUUAAAUGAAGAAAAGAAGGGGACAUGUGGUUGUUGAAAACUCAAGUGUGUGGCACCAUAUUUCAGAUGGCCCGUGUAUGUGACCUUCCCUAUGGCUGACACAAGGCACAGUGAGAUUAAUAGGCUUGUGUACAAACUGCUUCUCUCCAUCUCCCUUAGACCUACUAACUAAGCAUCCAGU